AUGCCCGACGAUGUUGCGCAUCAGAAACCCGGAGGAGCUGGCACAAAGCCAAAGGUGGCAACUCCACAAGUUGUUGCGAAGAUCGAGCAAUACAAAAGAGACAAUCCGACCAUUUUUGCUUGGGAGAUACGAGAACGACUUAUCAAUGAAGCCGUCUGCUCAACACCGCCGUCGGUCUCGUCGAUAAAUCGGAUCUUGAGGACGAGAGCCGCCGAAAGAGCAGCCGAGGAGUUGACAAUGAUACUCAACGCUCAGCACAUGGCCAGGCAAGUGCUUUACAAAAGCCAACAGCGACUUUCCUCGCGAAUACCGCAAAUAGGACUACCACCUCCAAAUUUUCCAUUCAGCUUUCCGCAAGCUGUGUGGCCUGGAUUUGUGCUCAACACUCCGCUUCCCUCACUUCCACUGCCACUUCUCUCCGCUUACUCUUCGAUGGCACCACCAUCACCAGCAGAAACCGUUGCGAUGAGCGAAGACGACGGGAAUCUGAGGAGAUGCGGAAGAAGCAGCUUCUCACAAGAGCAACUUGAACUCUUAGAGACUUCAUUCGCUAAAGAGCCGUACCCAAGCAUAGCACAGCGCAUGGAAUUGGUAAAGAAGACACAGUUGCCAGAAGCUAGAAUACAGGUCUGGUUCUCCAACAGACGAGCAAAGUGGCGACGAACUCAGCAAGAAAGUAGCGGAUCGUCAAUGGAAAGGGAAGAGGACGAGCAACCACCCAUGCCGAAAAGGGUUAGAUCAGAAGAGUCCGAAACUUCUAUGGAUAUGGAGCACACGCCACCAAGAAAGAAAACUACUAUUUUCAAACCUUAUGAAUAA